GGGUUCAGCCCUCCGGCUCCACCCCGCCUCACCCAGUCGCGGGCGUACCGGCAGCACCUCCGAUCCGUGCGAGCACAGGCCCUCGCCGUCGCAGAGGCACCGCUACAGCGGCUAAGCCCUGGCUGUUUUGAGCUAAAUCUAAGGACAACUGGUGCAAUUCAGGCCAUGGAGGAAGUUCAAGACAUGCAAGAGUCAGAGACUGCAUCUGUUGUCAAAGUACCUAGAGAGCCUGCCAUCAUUAUCAAUGGUGUCCCAGAAUUGCCUCCUGAUUGCCCGUCUGGUUCACAACCUGCAGUAAGAGAUGCCCCAGGAUCUCAAGUCGAUCCUCGCUUUGGUGAAUGGCUAGAAGGGCGGAAAGUGAGAAAGCUCUUUGGAGAUAAGUAUUAUGUGGGGAAAGUUGUCAAGUAUGAAAGUCAAAGCAAUUGGUACAAUGUUGUCUAUGAAGAUGGAGACCAGGAAGAUCUUGAGUGGGCCGAACUGGAGGAGAUCCUACUACCAUUGGACAUAACCAUUCCACUCAAAACACUUGUUAUGGACAAAUGCAAACGUCAGAGUGCAGUUCCUGACUACAAACCUAAGGUGGGCAGGCCCAAAAAAGUUUAUGCUAUGUUAGAAGGCGCAAGGAAUGAAACAUCAGGUACGGUUCCAUUACCCCAAGGAACUAGUGUUGCGAGCAAUCAGACCAUGGUUGUAGCAGUGAAUGACCAAAAGUCAAACAACGUACUAGGGUUGCUUCAGAUGUCUGCAUCAAAUGAUGUCACGAGUGCAUCAGCAUCAACAGGAGAAAAUGCUCAAGUAUGCCUGAAGUCUAGUGAUCAACCUAGAAAGAGGGGCAGGCCUCGAAAGGAUAGAACUAUCUCAAGUGAUAUUCAACCUAAAAAAAGAGGCAGGCCUCCAAAAAAGAGCAGUAUGCCUGGAGAUCCUCGGAAUAGUGUUCAUAAGCGAAAUGCACAGACAAUUAGACAAGAAAAACUGAAGAGAGAAAACAUGCGCGUGCAAGGAGCAACACCUGGAGCUCAAUUAUUCUAAGAAUCAAUCUCAUUGUUCCAAUGUAGAUGUCUCUAAAUAUUCCAGCCUAUGUAUGCUGGUGACACUAGCUUUCGAUGUAUUUGUACAACCCAGCGUACAACAAAACUUGUAAAACUAUAUUUACUCUGCGAAUGGUAUCAUGUUUCUUUUCCUAUACAAGUAUAUCUGCAACUGUUUAAAAAAAUUCUGGUAGGGUCUUAGAAGUUCUCCUUGUGGAAAUGGAACCGAGUUGUGGUUGACUGGCUGAAUUCUUUUGAAA